UAUAACCACAGUGUGGGAGUUGGGGAAUGGGGCUUCGAAUUUGGAAUCGGAUUGUCGGAAAGCAGAGUGCCCUUCUAAGGACUUGAGAUAACGAGAUUCUUCUUCGCCGGGGAGUUCCAGUUUGAUUGGCAAUUUCAGGAUCUUUAGGAGACUAAGAUGGGAGUUCUAGAGGGAGCAAUUAACUGCCUCCUUGAUAUUCAUGCAAGUUACUCUGGAAUAUCUGGUUCUGUUAUCACAAAUCACAGCUCAAAGGCCGUGUCUAUUCAUGGUUGGGGGUACAAACAUAGAUGCAAAAGCAAACUUCAUGUCGGUGGCAUAUCUCUGAAACCGUGUGGUAAGAAACAGUGGUGCAUCCGUUGUAGUUUCAGUUCCUCUUCUGAUGGUAAUGGAAGCAUGGCUGGCAAUUUCAAUGCAAAUGAUGAGGAGUAUGUAAACUCUUCUGUGAUCGAAGCUGUUCAGGUUAGAAGCGGAUCAGAUGGAUUUAUGAUAAAAAUGCGUGAUGGUAGAUACUUAAGGUGCACACAUAAUACCUCCCAAGGUGGGGGCUCACUAGACUAUGCUUCUCACCCCGCAAUUGUGUUGAAGAUGGAAGAUGGAAGUGGUCUUCUGCUUCCUAUUAUCGUUAUGGAAAUGCCUAGUGUUUUGCUGAUGGCUGCGAUUCGGGAUGUUCCAAUUGCUAGACCAACUUUUUAUCAAGUAGUCAAACUGAUGAUUGAGGAGCUGGGGUGGGUGGUUAAAGUUGUUAGGGUCACCAAGAGAGUGAACGAGGCUUACUUUGCUCAGCUGUAUCUCUCAAAGGUAGGCAAUGAAAAAGAGACUAUUAGCUUGGAUUUGAGACCUUCCGACGCCAUCAAUCUGGCUGUUCGAUGCAAGGUUCCCAUACAAGUCAACAGACAUCUUGCCUACACUGAUGGAUUGAGAGUUGUUGAGCCAACCAAGCCAGUAAUGCAGGCUCCUCCAUCAGAUGGAAUACUGUUUAUGGAACUUGAUAGGCCUGAUGGUCAGCCCUGCAUGGAGACGGAAGAGUUCUGGUUGACACGAAACAUGUUGACUGCAGCUAUUGAGGAGCGUUACAAAGAUGCUGCUCAGUGGAGGGACCAGCUUCAUCAGCUUAGGAAAAAAAAGAACUGGACAUGAGAGGUUUCACUGCGACCCUGUACUCCCGUUUGAAAUUUGUGAUCAAGUCCUUGUGUAUGUAAUUCGACUAACUUUAUUUUUUGGGGGAGCAAUCAACUGGGAUGUAUAUAGAUGGCUUAGAGGCUCCUAAUAACUGUGAUUUUAUGCAUGCACAUACUUGAUGUAAGUAACAGAUGGACAACAAUCUUGUGAAUAUGGUUGUAGUGUUUAAAUCCAUGUUGGCAGCAUUUGCCAGAUAUAUGUUCA